UCUGUGACAAUUUUUCAUCAUGGCUGACGCAAAGGUCAAAGAAGCGCUCAGUCUGAUGGCCGAAGCCGCCAAACUGGAAACGACGUCUGUGUUUGCCAUGCGCUUCAAGCCUGACUGGGAGGGUGCGAGUGCGCUGUACGACCGCGCUGCCAACCUCACCAACGCAGCCAGGGCGUACGAGCACAACAUCAAUGCCAACACCAAGCUCGCCCGCGCCAUGCUCCAGAUUCGAAGCUACUUUCAAGCUGCAAAAGCGUUCGAGGCGGCCGCCAACUCGGCGCGAAUGCUCAAGGACAUGAAGCAAGCGUCGGACUUGUACAAGAAGUCAGUCGAGCUGUAUCGCCAAAAUGGCACCAACGAUACGGCCGUCCAGGUUCUUGAAAAGGCCGCAAAAUACACGGAAGAGGUAGACCCCCUCCAGGCUGCACAAAUGUACCUCGAUGCUAUCGACAUUCAGCUCGCCGAAGGCAAGAAGCGUCAAGUGUCGGAGGCCUUCCGUCGCGCUGCUGCACUCUUCUUGAACGCGAACAAGACUCGAGAGGCUGUCAAAGCACUGCAGGACCACCUUGCUGUGCUGCAGGAAAUCAACCAGCUGGAGGUUGCUCACAAGAACAUCUUGGCCAUUGUCGUUGUCUUCUUGAAGGCUGAGGACUAUGUCGCUGCAGACAAGGCUGCCCAAGAUGGCCUUUCCGUCCAGCGAUUUGCCAUGUCCGACGAGGGCAAGGCUGCGUUUGAUCUGCUGGAGGCCUAUGACAAGGGUGAUGCCAAGGGCUUUGAGGCUGUCACGAAGCGCCAGGUGUUUUCCUUCCUCGACAAUGAGAUUUGCAAGGUCGCUCGCAAUCUCCGUGUGGGUGGCAGCACUAUGGGUGCCAGCUCGACGAGUUCCCAGCCAGCGCCUGCUGGCCGAAAUGAGCUUUUUGCUCGUUCUACUCCCGCUCCUGUCGCUACUCCGGCCGCACCCGUUGCUCCCGUCGCUUCGGCUGCUCCCAUCGAUUCAGAGCCGACAGAGCAAGACGCCGACGCUGACAACGAGGCCUCCUCGCUAUUUUCGCCGACCACUGCCAUUCCGACCGACGUCGCACCCGCGGCUGCUGUCCAAAGCGCGCCUGCCGCCCCGCAGCAGGAGGACUCGAACGAUCUUCUUUAAUAUUUUUUUUUGCCUUGUUUGAAAGUUUCCGCGAGUGCUUUGUCGCAUGAUAUUGUUGUUUGUUUUGUGCAGAAAAUUUCAAGUCUAUUUGGGUUCUAGUAGUCAAAAAUGUCACUUGAUCACGUACG